AUGGACGCCUCCUCCCUCCGCAUCUCCAAGUUCGAUGGAACUAACUUCCACGCCUGGAAGUUCAAGAUGCAGAUGGUGCUGGAGAAACGGGACCUAUGGGAGGUCGUCAGCGGUGAGAUCAAGGCGGAACAGUGCGAGACUCAGUUGGACCAAGCGACGUACAAGAGGAAGUCAAGAAAGGCGAUGGCAGUGAUCUGUCUAGCCAUGGAAGAUUCCCAGCUACCGUUGGUCCGGUCGGCAAGUGGUGCAUGCGACGCAUGGUCAAGGUUGGAAGACCACUUCGAGAAGAAGAGUCUUGCCAACAAGCUGUUCUUGCGCCGUCGCUUCUUCACGACAAUGAUGGAAGAAGGCGACGAUGUGCUCGAACACAUCAACAAGCUCAAGACGCUGGCGGAACAGCUAGAAGCGCCUGGUGACUCGUAUCAAUUCUUGAUCACAGCUUUGGAGUCGCGCUCAGACACUCUUAGCUGGGAGCUCGUGACGUCUCGACUGCUUCAUGAAGAAAUGAAGCGGAAGGAGCAAGGAAGUAAAGGUGAUGAAGCUUCGCAAGGUCAAGCGUUCAUCACAAGGGACAAUCAGCGCAAAGGGCGACCAGUGAAGAAGUCCUGGCCGUGCCACAAUUGCGGAAAGAUUGGUCACUGGAUGGCGGAGUGCCCCUCGCGCAUCCAAGAAAACACGGAGAGACACCGGCCACAGCGUGCUCAAGACAGCGGCGACCGCUAUCGAUCACAACGUGCAAACGUCGCUCAAGAAGAAGACUCGGGCGACUACCUCUUUUCGAUCGGUGAAACGACAUCUGCGAAAUCGAGCGACAUCUGGCUGGUCGACUCCGGGGCGACGCAGCACAUGACGUGCUCCAAGAAGUUCAUGCGGAACUACAAGGGGUUUAACGCUGUGGAUGUCCAUCUCGCGGAUGAUGGAAUCGUCCAAGCAAUCGGCAGUGGGGACAUUGUCAUGUCGAUGAAGACACCCCAAGGGAUGAAGAAAGGUGUGCUCACAAACGUGUGGCACAUCCCAAAGUUAUCCAGAAACCUGUUCUCGGUCGGCCGCUUCACCAAGGAUGUCGGCCCAGUGACGUUCACGAAGGAUGGGUGCUAUGGAGAAGCGAAAGGGACCAAGUGGAAAAUUGGUGCCCGUGAAGGUAAAGGACUGUUCAAGCUGCAAAUGACUCCAGUGGCGCCGGAACAAGCAAAUGCAGCCAAGUCGUCGGGAUGUCAAGGGGGCACCAAGUCGUACCUCUGGCACCUUCGGCUUGGCCACAUAGGUCACGAUGGACUCAAGUGCAUCGUGACGAAGAACAUUGGAAUUGGCAUCGACAUAUCUUCGGUGAAGAAGUGGGACGUGUGUGAAGGUUGUGCUCUGGGAAAACAGACUCGAGUGCGCUUCCAAUCAAACACUACAGCUCGCACCUCCAAACUCCUCGAAGUGAUUCACAGCGACGUAUGCGGACCGAUGUCGAUGGCAACUUUCAGUGGAAAACGGUACUUCAUAAAAUUUUUUGAUAAAAAAACAAAAAACUGUGUCGUCUAUCUGCUCAAGAGCAAAUCUGAAGUUGCGGCGAAGUUCAUGGAAUACGCUGCGAUGGCCGAAACGCAAACCGGAAAGCGCGUGAAGUACCUUCAAAGCGACAAUGGGGGUGAAUACAAAGUCCGACAAGCUGGCACGAUUCUGCGCGGAACGGGGAAUACAACAAAGGUUCACACCCCCAUAUACUCCUCAGCUAAACGGAGUAGCUGA